AUGGGGGCUUGCGUUUCGACUAGUAGUCGGAGUACUCGUAGUAGCAGGAGCAAUGGAGAGACAGUUGCUCACUCGUUCUUGGGGAUUGGAUUUUGUGGGCAAAAGAGAACGAAGAAGACAUUCUCAGACCAUGUAUAUACUCUCCAGAAUUUACACUCCAUUCCCAACCGCAUUUUUACUAAUGGAAAGAGCCGAGCUUCUUGCAUAUUCACACAGCAAGGUCGCAAAGGCAUAAACCAGGAUGCUAUGGUUGUGUGGGAAGAUUUCAUGUCAGAAGAUGCGAUAUUUUGUGGCGUGUUUGAUGGCCAUGGUCCACAUGGUCAUCUUGUUGCACGCAAAGUGAGGGAUGCAUUGCCAGUAAAGCUGCUAUCCUUUUUGCAUUCUUAUCAAUCAAGGUUAAAUGGGUCCAGUAAAACAUGUUUCAAAGGGAACCUAAAGAGAUCAGAUGGUGGAGAUUCUGAGAAGGAUGCUUCAGCUGAGGAAAAAUUAAAUGUAACAUGGAGAGAGGCUUUCCUGAAGUCAUACAAGGCCAUGGACAAGGAGCUGAGGUCCCAUCCUAAUUUGGACUGCUUCUGCAGUGGUAGCACUGCUGUCACUCUAGUCAAACAGGGGUCAAAUCUUUUCAUGGGUUAUAUUGGGGAUUCCCGAGCAAUCCUGGGAUCAAAGGACAGUAGUGAUUCCAUGGUGGCAAUCCAAUUAACUGUUGAUUUAAAGCCUGAUCUGCCAAGGGAAGCUGAAAGAAUUAAACGGUGCAAGGGUAGGGUAUUUGCUUUGCAAGAUGAGCCUGAAGUGUCUCGAGUAUGGUUGCCGUUUGAUGAUGCCCCUGGGUUAGCAAUGGCUCGAGCCUUUGGUGAUUUCUGUUUAAAGGAUUAUGGAGUGAUCUCUAUACCAGAGUUCUCACACCGGAUACUUACUGAGAGAGAUCAGUUCAUCGUUCUUGCCUCAGAUGGGGUUUGGGAUGUCUUAAGCAAUGAAGAGGUUGUUGAGAUAGUGUCCUCAUCCCCGAGCCGGGCAUCAGCAGCAAGGAUUGUGGUUGACUCAGCUGCUCGUGAAUGGAAACUCAAAUACCCGACUUCAAAGAUGGAUGACUGUGCAGUCGUUUGUUUGUUUUUGGAUGGGAAAAUGGACUCUGAAUCUGAUUAUGAGGAACAAGGCUUUUCAUCUGCAACACUUCAGAGCAAUCACUCCGGAAAUGCAGUUGAAUCAGAUGAUGGCCAGAAGUCAGAGCCAUCUCUGCAGAGGAAUUUCACAGUAAGAUCAUCUGAUGAAAGUGAUACUUAUGGACGACUACCGGUUGAGAUUGAAGGGAAUGAAGAAACAAUGGCAGCUGAAGACCAGAACUGGUCAGGUUUGGAAGGUGUCACGCGUGUGAACUCCCUUGUUCAACUUCCAAGAUUUUCAGAGGAAAGGCAUUAG